AUGUCCUCCAACUCAAAGACACCAGAGGACUCAAAGAAAUGGGACUCUCUGGGCUAUCCCAUCAACAAGCAUCCCGACAAGACCUACCACUACCCAAGCCGCACUGAAUUCGACUCCAAUACGGGCAAGUACCAUGCCCACCCUUCAUAUUCGAACGACAGAGCCGCGCGAGACCGAGAGGCGUCCAUGUCCUCCGGCCGAGAUUUCGCCUACUCGAGCAAAGAUCCACGUCACGAGAGUUCGCGCAACCAUGGACCUAGGACGAAUGACCAAGCUGCGAGGGAUCGCGAGGCAGCGAACUCCGGAGGACGGGACUUUGCAUACUUGACCAAGAGUUCCCGGCAUUGGGAUUCCAGGACCGGGAAAUAA